UUUUUUUUUUUAAAUAGUUCGAAACUUGAUUGAGAUUCAUCAAACCAACAAUUCUCAUCGUCUUUCAUCCAAAUCUACAAAAAAUAGUUUAGUUGUAGACUUGUAUAUCUGCUUGGUUGGCUUCCAUGUAGAAUUCGUAUGUGUCAGCUGUAUUAUCAAUAAGCAGAAUAUGGGAACAGAAAUUCCUGAAAGCGAAAGGUUUGCUUACAGCAGUCCUCUAAACAAACCCAACUCCGGUGCUACCGAAAAUAUUAAAAGCAGCAACAGCAGUAAAUCCCACGUUGUAGAAGAACCGUACGUUGAGAUCACUAUGGAUCACGUUUGUGAUAAUUCUGUUGUUGUUCAAAGCGUUCAAACUGUUGCUGUCGUUGCUGAUAUUGAAAAAGAUCCCCAGUUGAGUACUUUACCUGCUAGAGAUCUCGAGAAGAGUACCUCAUUUGGUUCCUCAAUAGUAAAAAGCGCUUCUGCACGUAUCAAGAAGGUCUCUCAGGAACUGAAGCGAUUCACUUCAUUCUCAAAACAAUCCACUCCUCCAACUCAUUUUGAUAGGAAGAAGUCCACAGCAGCUCAUGCUUUAAAGGGCCUCAAGUUUAUCAGCCAGAAAGAUGGCGGUAUUGGAUGGUCUGCCGUUGAGAAGCAAUUUGACAAGCUCACUGCUUCCACCAAUGCCUCCCUUCCUCGUUCGCUAUUUGGCAAUUGCAUAGGAAUGGACGAGAAGUCAAAGGAAUUUGCUGGCAUGCUGUUUGAUGCGCUUGCUCGGAAGCAUGGUAUUAAGGGUGAUUCCAUCAAUAAGUCCCAGCUGAAAGAGUUCUGGGACCAGAUUUCUGAUCAGAGCUUCGACUCCAGGCUUCGAACUUUCUUUGACAUGGUUGACAAAGAUGCGGAUGGCAGAAUCACUGAAGAAGAAGUCAGAGAGAUUAUCUGCCUAAGUGCUUCUGCCAACAAACUCACAAAUAUUCAGAAACAAGCAGAUGAAUAUGCAGCCUUGAUCAUGGAAGAGUUAGAUCCAGAACAUAAAAAAUACAUCAUGAUGGACAACCUGGAAAUGCUUCUGCUGCAAACACCAAGUCGGUCCAUAGGACGUAGAGAUAGCCAGAAUCUGAGCCGGAGGUUGAGCCAAAAGCUCAAAGCCACACAGGAGAACAACCUCUUAAGGAGAUGGUGUCAAAGAACAGAGUAUUUCUUACAGGAUAACUGGCAAAGAGUGUGGGUAAUUGUAUUGUGGAUUGGGGUUAUGUCAGGCCUAUUUGCAUACAAGUAUUUGCAGUAUCGAAAUAAAGCUGCAUACGAGGUUAUGGGCCAUUGUGUAUGCAUGGCUAAAGGUGCAGCCGAGACACUUAAAUUGAACAUGGCUCUUAUCUUGCUACCAGUCUGCAGAAACACAAUAACCUGGCUUAGGAAUAAGACCACACUAGGUGUCGUAAUCCCUUUUGAUGACAACCUCAAUUUCCACCAGAUGAUAGCAGGGGGAGUUGCAAUUGGAGUUGGAAUUCAUUCAAUUUUUCAUAUGGCUUGUGAUUUCCCUCGCCUUAUUCUUGCAAGCAGUGACAGGUAUAAGCCGAUGGAAACUUUCUUUGGGAAGCAACCUUUAAAGUACUGGAAUUUUGUUAAGUCAGUGGAAGGAGUGACUGGAAUUAUAAUGGUAGUGUUGAUGGCAAUAUCCUUCACACUAGCUUGCCCUUGGUUAAGGAGAGGUAAGCCCAACCUUCCCAAAUUUCUCAAGAAUCUAACUGGCUUCAAUGCUUUUUGGUAUACCCACCACCUCUUCAUCAUUGUUUACGCCCUCCUAAUUCUACAUGGACUUCAGCUCUACCUGAUCAAGGAAUGGUACAAGAAGACGACCUGGAUGUAUUUGGCUGUUCCUCUUGCUCUUUAUACAUGUGAAAGAUUGAUCAGGGCAUUCAGAUCCAGUGUUGAGCCUGUUUCAAUACUAAAGGUGGCUGUUUAUCCCGGAAAUGUGUUGUCACUUCACAUGUCAAAGCCCCAUGACUUCACGUACAAAAGUGGGCAAUACAUGUUUGUCAAUUGUGGUGCUGUAUCUCCGUUUGAAUGGCACCCAUUUUCCCUUACCUCAGCACCUGGAGAUAAUUAUCUUAGUGUUCAUAUUCGAGCUCUUGGUGAUUGGACACAUCACCUCAUGGACAAGUUCUCAGAGGUGUGUAAACCAAGUGAUGAAAGUGGACUCCUCAAAGCUGACUUCUUGCAAGGAGAUAGCAAUCCAAUUCCAAAUGUUCCAAGAGUGUUGAUUGAUGGUCCAUAUGGAGCUCCAGCACAAGACUACAAGCAAUAUGAGGUGGUGUUGCUAGUAGGGCUAGGAAUUGGGGCAACCCCAAUGAUCAGUAUUAUGAAGGACAUAGUGAACAACACCAGGGCCCUGGACGAGGAGGAGGAGAAAGCAGUAGGAGCAAGUAGAGUGGAUGAUUUUAAGACUGCGAGGGCAUACUUUUACUGGGUGACAAAGGAGCAGGGAUCGUUUGACUGGUUCAAAGAGGUCAUGAACGAGAUGGCGGAACUGGACAACAGGGGAGUGAUUGAGCUUCAUACUUAUUGCACCAGCGUCUAUGAAGAGGGUGAUGCCCGUUCUGCUCUCAUUGCCAUGUUGCAGUCCCUCAAUCAUGCCAAGAAUGGGGUCGAUAUCGUCUCUGGUACACGUGUCAAGUCUCACUUUGCCAGGCCCAAAUGGCGCAAUGUAUACGAACGCAUUGCCUCUAAUCAUAAACAUUCCAGAGUAGGGGUCUUUUACUGUGGGCCAGCAGCGCUCACGAAAGAGUUAAGCCAACUAGCAACCGAUUUCUCUCACAGUGACAACAGCUCCACCAAAUUUGAUUUCCAUAAAGAGAAUUUCUGACCACAGUCGGAAAUGGACGUUAGCUACAAGUACUGGAUAACGAUUGCCCUUUCCAUCCCCACCAGGAUGAUCCCACUCUGUGUCUCAUACUCAUGUACCAAGUUUCUCAGUUUCUGGCCGCUUUGAUCGUUUUUCUUCCUUUCUUUUCCAACUUUUAUUUUAUGUUUGCCAUGUAGAUUUUGGGGUUUGUUUGCAUACUACUUAUUUCCUGCAAACUGAAAACUUAUGGCUGAAAACACUAUACCAAAAUAAUUUUUAAAUGUGUGAA